UGGCUUUUGUCCUACUCUUCAAAUUCUCAAAGUCUCCAAGGUUCCCACUACUCAGAACUUUUGAAAUCCAACCACAUUUUGUGCUGACCAUUAAGCACUUGAGGUCCAUCUUUCGCCAAAUUUUGCUUCAAGUUUUGGGAUGGAUAUGGUGAUGAAGUUAGCCUCUCAGAGAGCCGUGGUCAUCUUCAGCACAAGUUCUUGCUGUUUGUGCCACGCCGUCAAGAGGCUCUUUUUGGAGCUUGGUGUCAACCCUGCAGUCUAUGAGCUGGAUGAGGACCCUAGAGGGAGAGAGAUGGAGAGAGCACUUACACGACACCUGGGCCGCAGCCCUCCGGUGCCGGCCGUGUUCAUCGGUGGCAAAUUCAUCGGCUUCACCGAUAGGAUCAUGUCCCUUCACCUCGGUGGCGAGCUAGUCCAGUUGCUUCGAGAUGCAGGUGCUAUCUGGUUGCACAAGUCUUUGAAAUAAUUAGCUAGCUUUGAUACCAUGGAAGAGAUGUCCUUAAGCGAGUCUAUGCAGUAACUUGUAUAGUAGGAUGAGCUUGAAGUAGCACAGCGGUUUUUCCCUUUUGUUCUCAGCUGGGGAUGUAUCAAAA